GGCUGAUGUGGCAUUGGUGUAGGCAGGCCCUUGACCUUAUCCCCACCCAUCCUUUCCAGCACGAACCCGUGUCCACACACUGACGCGUAAGCUACUCUGCCCUGGCACCACAUCAGCAUGAAGUCCAGAAAGAUUAGCACUACCAUAUCUAACUCACCUAGUAAAUCAUUUUCUGGGUACUCAAAACCACUUUUGUUGUAGGAGAUGAGCAGCCGGUGGAGCUGGCAGUGGGCUGGAGGCGACCCGAUCAAUAUUGCAUCAGAGCUGACCCCAGAGCAGCAUUCUUGUGAGGAAUGCAGGGGGUUUAGCUGCUUGUCAGAAGCUGCUAUGGGGACACGGACUGUACAAAUUCAGUCGGUUUACAAAUGAUCUGUGGCCUCUGCAGCUGUCUGAACGCAGCUCUCAAGAUCCUGCAGGCGCUAGGACCCGCCUGAAGCCUCUAUGCUGAAGAUUGCACAGAGAGGAUAAAUAUAGCACAGCCAGCUGGCUGCAAAGCAGCACAGCCCAUACGUGGGGCUGGGGGGAGCAACCUGCACCCCGAUCCCACAGCACCCCGCGCACUGCAGCUCGGAGGCAACCCGGGAGCUCUGCACAGGGGCAGCAGUGCCGGGGACCUUGGCUGCCAAUGCUCCAGCUCUCCAAGGUCACGACGUCACUGCUCAUCAGUAACAUCAGGGCCGCCUGCGACGAGCACCUGCUCACACGAGAGGGAGUCACCUUCUGCAUUAAUGUCACCAGGCAGCAGCCAUUCCCUGGCCUCGAGCAGGUCCGGGGCAUACGCAUCCCUGUGUUUGAUGAUCCGGCUGAAGACCUGUAUCGGUAUUUUGAUCAGUGCAGCGAUGCUAUCGAAGAGGCUGUGAAGAGCGGCGGGAAGUGCUUAGUUUACUGUAAGAACGGCCGUAGCCGAUCAGCUGCCAUCUGCAUUGCUUAUCUGAUGAAGCACAGAAAGCUCCCGCUCAAGGAUGCCUUUGAGACUGUGAAGAGUGCCAGACCAGUAGCAGAACCCAACGCAGGAUUUUGGUCUCAGCUGCAGAGAUAUGAAGAAGAUUUGCAGAUACCAAAGCUGACUGAUCAAUCUGCUGAGCAAAGGACUUAAAAGCAGCAACAUGUGAAGACGUUUUAGAGUAAAGUGGCUUGCUACAGAUUCUAGAAUACCGAUCACUUCAUCCAUCAGCUCUACAUAAAAUGUCUCACUCCCCACACUGAGUCGAUGACUCGUUAAAUUCAUUUACUGUAGAAGGUGUGCGGGGAAGGGGCAGGUAAGCAGGAGGAAAAUGGCAGAAAUAGAAAAUAUUUGGAAACACUGUAAUGAAACCACAGUGUCUUCAGCAACUUUUUUUCCCUGAAUAACAAUGAAUAUGACAACAAUGUAUUGAACGAAUUACUACAUAGGGAUUUCACUCCUGGUGUUUAAUUAAACUUCCCAGUGAUGUCCCUAGAAGACCAAGGAAGCUCUGAAUUUCUAUCUGACUUAAUGGAUCAUAACUGCUGUUCAUGAGCUGACACAACCUUUGGUGGGAAACUAGCACUGGAACUGUUUAGUCACUGCCCGAGUUCUGCAUUUUCCUUAUGUUCAACUAGACCAAAAUAACAUCACAGAGUUACCUAAAAACCCAGAGGACAGAAUAAACAGAUGAUGGUAAGGAGUUCAGCUGCCACCAUGCAUAUCAAGUGUCUUUUCAGCUUUUGAAAUUAUUCUCUAUAAUACCAAAGGAAUGAUUUUUAAAACAACAGUUGAUACUGGAAGGAAGAAGACGACACUGGCAGUCUAACAGUAAUCCUAACUCUUUUAGCUUUACUCACUAAGCCUAACAAGAUCUACUAGUGCCCAUUUCAUGCCUUUAUGUGUCAGUUUAUAUCAGCUGUAUCUGCAUGCAAGCAACAUGGCUAAAUCAUUUCUGCUAAGACUGCUUGCAG